GGAGGCCUCCGCCCUUCCAGCCGCGGAGAAGCUGCAGCCGGAGGUGUCGCGAGCCGCGUCCAGAGCCGCUGACCUACGGCGGAUGCCAGAGAUUCUUCCUGAGUCUUCUGGGCUUGUUUGUUUUCGGCUCAAAAUAAUCCUGUACCAAAGAGACAUUUUGGGGAGGCAAGCUUCACUGCACAGCCCUGUUUUCAUCAGACAGCCUGCAAUACAGGACCCGGGAUGUCGGAGCUGGAGAAGGCCGUGGUGGCCCUGAUUGACGUCUUCCAUCAGUAUUCUGGGAGGGAGGGGGACAAGCACAAGCUGAAGAAAUCCGAACUCAAGGAGCUCAUCAACAGCGAGCUUCCCCACUUCCUGGAGGAAAUCAAAGAGCAGGAGGUCGUGGACAAAGUCAUGGAGACACUGGACAGCGAUGGAGAUGGCGAGUGUGACUUCCAGGAAUUCAUGGCUUUUGUCGCCAUGGUUACCACUGCCUGCCACGAGUUCUUUGAACACGAGUGAACUGGGGAAAACCGACACGCAGUUCCUGCAGCGGAGACGCGCGCGUCGUGCAGGGCGGUGGAGGCAAGGCUUUGGCAGGACAGUAGGCGCUGAGCUUUCCGGCUGUGUUGUAGCUAAUUAGGAAGCUUGAUUUGCUUUGUGAAUGGAAAAUUUAAACCUCUUUCCAGGGGCUGUUUUUAGUGGCCCCCGUCAUUGCUCCUGCAAUAGUAAGCAUACAGUUAGCUGACUGGUCCCAGGACUGCUGGUAAUCUUCAUUUAGGAAAGUCAGUUCUCGGUCACAAAGCGUGUGCUCUCCUAGCUGUGUAGACCCUUAGCCCAGAAAAAACAAACUGACCAGGAGCAUUGGGGUUUUCUUAAGCUUCCACUACAUUUGAAAAUACGAAGCUUUGUCCACUAUCCUUCGCAAAGGCUGCCCUUCGUUAACUCUGUUCCUCACUGGGGCAAAUGAGACCUAACGUGGGAGGGUGGCCUGACCGUCUGUGCCACCCACCCAAAGCGCGCGGCCACAUCUAGAUCCCUUCCCUGCGGUGUGCUGUGACUGUCACGUGUGUGAUGCUGCCAGUUCUGGGUGGAACAUCUGCCUCAGAAAGCAAGUGCCGACAUUAUCACUGUGAUUGGAACUGAGAAUGGAAGUUCUACCCUCGGUGGGGUUCUCCUCAGAGGAACACUCUCUGCCAGAUCUGGGGGGGCCACGUGGCUCAGGUGGCACGAGCGGGAGCAGGGGAGCUCAGGUGGGUCUCACGCUGCCUUGGAGACAGCUGUGCCCACCUCCUGCCCAGUCUGUAGAAGGAGGGCUUCCGGAAGAUGUGUCUGGUCCGCUGGAGAAGGUCGUUCCUGACCUGUGGAAUGUGAAGCCAGGGAGCCUAUUUAUGGCCUUUAUGCUUCUGUGUCCACAAAUUCAAAUACAUCAAGUUUCAAAUCAAAUAGUCAAGUUGCAAAUACUGGAAAUCACUUCCAAGAAAAUUCAAAUUACGCUUUCCACCCUUUUUCUGAUUUGCUAUUUUUAAGGACAGACUUGGGAGAUUCAGGAACCAAUUGAUCGCUUGUAUUUGCAUUAACUAAAAAGCAUUGUAACAAGUCUCCGAAGCUGUUAAACAUGAAAUAAAAGCUAAAUGCCUGCAAAA